AUGACAAGAAAGAAAGUUAAGCUUGCAUACAUCACAAAUGAUAGUGCAAGGAAGGCCACUUUCAAGAAAAGGAAGAAGGGACUGAUGAAGAAGAUGAGUGAGCUUAGUACCCUUUGUGGAAUCCAAACAUGCGCAAUUAUUUACUGUCCAUAUGACUCACAACCUGAGGUUUGGCCAUCCGCCAUGGGAGUCCAACGUGCAAUAGUGAGGUUUAAGAAGAUGCCCGAAGCGGAACAAAGCAGAAAAAUGGUGAACCAAGAUAUUUUCCUGAGGCAAAGGAUUAGCAAAGCUGAGGAACAGCUGAAGAAACAGCAGAGAGAGAACCGGGAGAAGGAGAUGACCCAAGUCAUGUACAGGAGCUUGGUUGGUGAUCAAGGGUUGCAAAAUCUGAGUGUUGUCGACUUGAAAGACUUGGGAUGGCUCGUUGAGAAAAAUAUAGAGGAAAUUGAAGAGAAGAUUAAGUCACUUCAGGCUCAUCAAAUGCCUCCUCCUCAAGUCGUGACAGUGACGAGCAGCCAUAUGAUCAGUAGUACUCAUGAUCUGGAGAAGAAUGAUCAGGCAGCAAAGAACACAACUGAUACGGCCAUGGAUCCAACAGUACAGAAUCAGCAAUGGUUAACGGAGUUGCUGAAACCUAAUGAUCAGAAUGUGGGUUUUGGCAGAAACGAAGACAUGAUGGAACCGCAGAAUCAUCAAUGGCUGAUGGAUUUACUGAAAUCGAAUGAGAACGUGGGUUUUGGCAAAAACGAAGACAUGCUGCCAUAUGGAUUUAAUGGUAAUGGUUUGUGGUCGAGUUUUCCUUUCCCUUAA